AUGAGUCAACCAGAUUCUCAAAUCAAGAAGGAAGUCACAGUGAAAAAGGAAGAUGGUUCUGGUUCUGCUCCUACCUCACCUAGCAAACAACAAGAAUGGCAAACCAUCCCAUUAAAGUCAUGCACAGAAGAGGAUGUCAAAGAUAUUAGAUUUCAUAUAAUGAAAUUUGCUACUAAACAGGACGUAAAUAUUACCAAAGAUUUUACCAGACCUGUGAGAUUGCACAGAAAAGAUCCUAGAAACAUGCAAUUCCAUUUAACCCGUGAGGAAUUAGAUCAAAGGAAAAGAGAGAAGGAACAAAUGGAAAAGUUGAAACAGGAAGAAAAAGAAGAAGCAACAAAACCAAUUGAAGAAUCAGAAGAAAAGGAACAAAAGGAUAAACUUGCAGCUGAAGCAGCAAAAGUAGCUCCAGAAAAACCAACACUAAAUAAAAACCAAGCAGAUAUGUCUCAAGUGGCCCCUGAUGGCGGAGCAAGAAAGAACAGAAAGAAUUUGUUCAAGCGUAAAACCAGGCAGAUUAAUCUCAUGAAUGAAGAAAAAAGAAAAUUGAGAUACGAAGAGCAUUAUCCUUGGGUAAUAGAGGAUUAUGAUGGGAAAAACGUGUUUGUGGGGAAUUAUGAGGCAGGAUCAACGGAACAACAACAUGUAUUGUUUGUUUUUGAUAAAGACGGAUUCAAAAUGAUUCCUGCUGAAAAAGUGUACAGAUUCACACCUAGAAAUCGGUAUGCCACUUUGACUUUGGAAGAGGCAGAAGCAAAAAUGGAAAGAAACUCCAGUGUACCUAGAUGGUUGAUGAAACAUAUGGAGGACAGAUCAAUUGCUGAAGGUACACCCGAUCAAAGAUUUAGAUAUAAUUCACCUGCAGCCAAUGGGAGUGUGAUAGCAAAUAUAAGCAAUGGAAGCUCUGGAAGAAGAAUGAGAACAGUUUUGGGUGGAAGCGGAUCAGGAAAUGAUAGAGAUUCUGAUCAUGAUGAUUUAGAUUACGAUGAAGAAUUUGCUGAUGAUGAGGAAGCUCCUAUUAUGGAUGGAGAUGAAGAAGAAAAUAAAUUGUCGGAGAAAAAAAUCAAAAAAGAAAUGUUGAAAGCUGCCCAUUUUGAUGGGCAACUGGAGGCAGAAGCAGAAGAUGAUUUGGACGAUUUGUUUGAAACUGAAAAAACCAGAAAAGUCGAUAAAGAAGGCAAGAAGUUAAGAAAAGUGUUGAAUAAACGUGAAGGUGGAGUAUAUGACAGUGAUGAAGAAGAUGGAUUAAUGCCAUAUCUCUCCAAGUCUGAUUUGGAAAGUGAAGAAGAAAGUGAAGAGGAAGUUCAAGUUAAGAAGGAGCCAUUAAGUGAUUCACAAACUGAAAACAAUACAAAUAAGACAUUCCGUGCAAGAGAGGUAACUGUCAAAAGCAUUGGAGAUGGUUUUGUGAUUAUCAAAGCUCCACCAUCAUUUUUGGGAACCAUGCCAGCAGGUGAUUGGAAUCCCCAAGCACGCAAACGCCCCUCUCCAGAAGCCACCAGUCCAAGAAAGAAACUUAAAUUGGAUGACAAUAUCAAAGUUAAAAAAGAAAAAACAUUGUCACCACCUCCUCCUGCUUCCCCUACUACAAAUGCUAGUCCUACAAGCAGUGGAAUGGAUUUGAAUGAUGCUGGACCAGACAAUUUAUUGGUAACCGUCAAAGAUGUUUUGGAUAUUGUGAAAGAUCAACCAUUGACUACAAAGGAAUUAUUAAUGGGAUUAAAGAGCAGGGUUAGCGCUCAUAAGGAUAAUAAAUUAAGAAUUAUCAGUAUCGUCAAACAAAACUUACGAUUGGUAGACGGGAAGUUAGUUCUUAAAGACUAA